UUGAGUAAGGGUAACAUGAGCUUCAUUGAUGAGGAUCUGCUGGAGUACUUCGACUGGCAAGGACAGCACUUCCUUUGGGAAGAUCUGGCCACUUUCUUGACUCACUCCUGCAAGGCACCUACACCCCUAUAUCCAGAAAAUGUGGUGGUUCUAAAUGGCUUCUGGUCAGUCUUUUCCUCACUGACUAUGGUUCUGUGUGACCCAGGUGAUGCCUUUCUGAUCCCUACACCAUGCUACAAUGGCUUCACCUUUAGCUCCUACUUUUAUACAAAAGUCGAACUUAUUCCUGUAUAUUUGGAAAGCCAGGUCGAGGAGGGCAACUUGUAUUUUUUCCAACUCACCAUGGAUAAGCUGGAGCAUGCCCUGACUCAGGCUAAGAUGAAGGCAAAAAAAAAAGUCAAAGGACUUGUGCUAAUCAACCCCCAGAAUCCUCCGGGUAACAUCUAUACCUAAUCAAUGCUGAAAGAAUACCUGGCCUUUGACAAGAAGCACAACCUGCAUGUGAUCAUAGAUGAGAGUUACAUGCUGUCCGUGUUUGAUACAUUCGUCACAUUUCACAGUGUUCUGAGUAUGAAAUGCUUGCCUGACCCUAACAAGACCCAUAUGAUCUGGGAAACUAAAUGGAUCAACAGUGUGGACCUGCCUGCUAACCAUAGCCAGCUCUGGAAGGCUUACCUCUAUGUCACUCAGAGGCUGGCGAAGCUGCAGAUAUCCUUUUGUAAUGGCCAAUCUGGCCUCUAUGUCUGGAUCAACUUGCAAAGCAUAAGUUCUGGAAGUGGCAGGUGCUGGUACCUGAGUCCAUGCACAUUUGAUCAAGAACAGAUUCUUUACCAGUGCUUCCUAGACAAUAAGCUGGUGUUAUCUAGGGGUGAAUCCUACAUGUGGAAGGAGCCUGGCUGGUUCCAUCUUCUCUUUGCAGUAAACUGA